AUGACAGGAGCUAAGUCUACCUCAUAUAUAUGCAUAUAUACAUGCAUGAUUCCUUACCAUGCAGGGGCUAUCAGACAUGGAGUCACUCACCAUCUCAUUAUCUUUCGACACCUCUCUCUUUUCCUGACUUUGCUUCUUCUUCUUCCUCCACCUCCUAUUCCACAGUACUUUCGGUUACCAUCGCCGUUCAAACUCGGGUGGUUUUCGUCAGCAACGACUCAGAGCCACCGGCCAAAAGCCUCGGAUUCGCCGGACGUUACCCUCUUGAACCCACCGUACCGUUAAUUUCAUUACCUCUUCAAUUAUUUCCGGUAUGAAAAUUCCCAUCUUUUCAUGGCUCUUCUUGGUGCCCAUGUCCAUACUUUUCCUCAACUUCUCUGUCUUUGUGGUGGCCGGCCAAUGUAUGGGCAAUCAGCAAUACUUGUUGCUUGAAUUGAAGAACAACCUUACAUUCAAUCCUGCAAAGUCCAAAAAACUUGUUAACUGGAAUCAAAGUGUUGAUUGUUGUUCUUGGGAAGGCGUAACUUGCAAUGAGGGACGUGUUAUUGGUCUCGACCUAACCAGCGAAUCCAUCUCGGGUGAACUUACCAAUUUAAGCAGCCUCUUCGGUCUUCAAGAUCUCCAAAAUCUGAGUUUGGCUGAUAACUACUUCAACUCUUCUCGGAUUCCAUCAGAGUUUGGAAGGCUAGCGAAUUUGAGUUAUUUGAAUCUUCAGCUAUGCAAUCUCAUUGGAUCAAUUCCGGACUCAAUUGUGAGCCUCACACAAUUAGUCUCUUUGGACAUGUCAUACAACGAUCUCAAUGGAUCAAUUCCAAGCUCAAUAUCAGGCCUCACACAAUUGGUCUAUUUGGACAUGUCUUGGAACAGUUUCAGUGGAUCAAUUCCAAGUUCAAUGGGGGGUCUCACGCAAUUGAUCCAUUUGGACUUGUCAUUAAACAAUUUCAGUGGACCAAUUCCAAUUUUCAGCAAGUGCAAGAAUCUGACUGAAGUAAGUCUUUUUUAUAAUAAAUAUCUGUCAAGUGAAAUUACUUCCACUAAGUGGGAAGAACUUCUAAAUCUGGAGAUUCUUUCGUUGAGUUAUAAUUCCCUGAAUGGGAAUAUUCCAGUUUCUCUAUUUUCCCAUCCAUCAUUGCAAAUUUUAGAUCUUUCUAACAACCAGUUUUCUGGUCAACUCAAAGAUUUUUCCAAAGUUUCUUCUCACGUACUAAAAGAACUUUAUUUGGAUAACAACCAGUUGGAAGGGCCAGUACCCAUGUCUAUCUUUGAAUUUCAAGGUCUUGAAGGACUCUCACUUUCUUCAAACAAAUUUAACGGCUCCCUGGACCUUAUAAGUGUGAUUCAAAAGUUCAAAAGUCUUUCACAGCUUUAUCUUUCGUACAACAACUUGACCGUUGAAUAUAAUGAUUUUAACCUUUCGUUACCCUCCUUUCCCCUAUUUUCCAAAUUAGAGUUGGCUUCUUGCAAGUUGAAAAAAAUACCUGAUUUCUUGAGAAACCAAUCUAAUUUAUUCUUUCUAGACCUUUCACACAACCAGAUAUAUGGAGAGAUACCCAACUGGAUCUGGAAACAUGAUCAUCUUCGAUUCUUAAAUCUCUCUUAUAACUAUUUUUUGACUCUGGAAGGACCUGUCCUCAAUGUUUCUCUUGAGGCCUUAGACCUUCGCUCCAAUCAGCUCCAAGGGCAGCUCCCGAUUAUCUCAUCUUCAUACUUGGAUUUCUCGAGGAAUAACUUUCAUUCUGUCCUACCAGCAAGCUUCGGUCAAUCCCUUGCUUCCACCAGAUUCUUGUCUCUUUCGAGUAAUAAAUUCUAUGGGAGCAUUCCUAGAGCAAUAUGCAAUGCUACAAAACUUGAAUUUUUAGAUCUGUCUAAUAAUUCAUUCAGUGGCACAAUUCCCCAAUGCUUGAUUGAGAUUGGUACACUUGAAGUUCUGAGUCUAAGGCAAAACAACCUCAAUGGCACAAUUCCUGAUGCAUUUCCGGAUAUUUGUUUUUUACAAACUUUAGCUCUCAAUAAAAACCAACUAGAAGGAGUGUUACCAAAAUCUUUAGGGAAAUGUGCACUAUUUGAGGUCUUGGACAUUGGAAAUAACUACAUCGAGGAUACCUUCCCAUUUUACUUGAAGAAUGCACUUUUAUUGAAGGUUCUUGUUUUGCGAUCUAACAAAUUUUACGGGCCCAUUGCUCAUCUAGAGCUUAAUGCCUCAUGGCCGUUGCUUCAAAUUCUAGAUGUAGCUUCAAAUAAUUUUACUGGUAAUCUUCCAAUAAUACAUCUUUCAUUAUGGAUGGAAAUGGGAGAUCCUGCACAUGAGGCGCACUCAGAGCUCAGUUUCCUCCAACUUUAUAUUCAAGGCUUUUAUUAUCGAGAUACAAUAACAGUUACUAGCAAAGGUUCGGAGGUGGAACUGGUAAAGAUCCUAACUAUCUUCAACACCCUUGACUUCUCUUGCAACAACUUUUAUGGUUCUAUACCCGGAGAAAUUGGAGAAAUCGCACUGUUAUAUAUUCUUAACCUGUCGCACAAUGCUUUAACGGGCCAAAUCCCAACAUCUCUGGGAAAAUUGAGUAAUCUUGAGUCUUUGGACCUGUCAAACAAUGAGCUUACUGGUAAGAUUCCUAUGCAACUCGCUAACGGUCUUAUUUUCUUGUCGGUCCUAAACCUUUCAUUCAACCAAUUGGUGGGACAAAUUCCAUUCAUCAAGCAAUUUGCUACAUUUUCAGAAGCUUCCUUCAAAGGAAAUAGAAGAUUAUGUGGUUUGCCUUUGAAAUCACAGUGCUCACAUGAGCAGCCAUUACCACCUCCAACAUAUGAAGAAAGUCAUAAGAGUAUGAUUGAGUGGAAUUACAUAAGUGCUGAACUAGGAUUUGUUUUUGGGUUUGGAAUUGUAAUUGGGCCAAUUAUGUUUUGGAAGAGAUGGAGGAUAUGGUAUUACAAAAAUGUUGAUGACAUUCUUUUCAAGAUCUUCCCUCAGCUGUAUCUCGAAAAAGAACAUCGUCGAAGACAACCAUUCAAGAAUCAAGGGCUGAGACACUAGUUAUAGUUAUGAUCAGGGCACCGCCUCCAGAGAUAUGUUGCUUCAAGUUUACUCUGGAGAAAGUUUGCUGAAGUCUGGAAGGCCUCUCCAAUGGCAGAUAUGCUAAGUUGUUGAUAUACACAUUUAUAUGUGUAAUAAUUUGCACUACUUUUGUCAUGUUGUCUGAAUUCUAAUUAUUUUCCCUAUUUAUUGCUAUGUUUUAGUGUUGCUUGUGCUUGAAAAGCCUGUGGACUGAAUCCUACUCGAUAAAUAAUUAAUGGAGAAUAUCUCU